CGGAUGAAGUGAGUCACGUGAUAGCACUAGCGGCGUUGGCGCACGUUAGCGUCUCGGAUUGGAUUGUUCCUGGCUCCUGAAAGUGGUGUGGUCUCAACAUUUAUCGCAUAUAUCCUCCUUUACCGUUCACCACAAACCCCCUUCCUGUGCAGCAACUCUCCCGGCUCUUCUUCCUCAGCGCGACCCCCAUUGAAUUGGCCCUGUCGACUGGCCGCAGCCCGAGUUUGUCGCCAUGAACAGCACUGUGUAUGACCCCUUCCUUGCCCCGCCGGCUACCUACUGGGGCGGCUUCGAGGAGAUCUCCAAGUACAAUGUCCAGCUCAACUACUUCGAGCGCCUGUGGAUGGCCUGGUACGCUUUCAUGCAGAACGAUGUUCUUGCCACCGGCAUCAUGUCCUUCGCCAUGCACGAGCUGGUCUACUUCGGCCGCUCGCUGCCCUGGGUCGUACUAGACAUGAUACCCUACUUCAACCGAUACAAGAUCCAGCAGGACAAGAAACCCACUGCCUAUGAGCAAUGGCAAUGCGCGGCACUGGUCCUCUUCAGCCAUUUCACUGUCGAGCUUCCCCAGAUCUGGCUCUUCCACCCCAUGUGCCAAUACGUCGGCCUCUCCACCAACGUCCCCUUCCCUCCUCUCUACAAGAUGGCCUACCAAAUCGCCAUCUUUUUCGUCCUCGAAGAUACCUGGCACUACUGGACCCACCGCGCCAUGCAUUGGGGGCCCCUCUACAAAGGCAUCCACAAGAUCCACCACCAAUACUCGGCUCCCUUCGGGCUAGCCGCCGAAUACGCCUCGCCCAUCGAAGUCAUGGUCCUCGGCUUCGGCACCGUCGGCGUGCCCUUCCUCUGGUGCGCAAUCACCAAGGACCUCCACAUCCUGACCAUGUACCUAUGGAUCGUGUUCCGCUUAUUCCAGGCCAUCGACGCCCACUCCGGCUACGAGUUCCCGUGGAGUCUGCACCACUUCCUCCCCUUCUGGGCGGGCGCUGAGCAUCACGAUGUCCAUCAUGAGCGCUUCAUCGGAAACUAUGCGUCUAGCUUCCGCUGGUGGGACUUUUGCCUUGACACCGAGGCUGGGCCAGAGGCGUCGAAGCGCAGACGCGAGCGAAAGAUCGCGAAGGCGAAAAAGGCGGUAUAAAUGGCCUAUCAAAGGACCAGCAGACAAGAAGAGGUGCAUUGUCCAUAUCUUCGGGACACCCAAGUCUCAGCAUCAGCGGUCGUGGCCCCACGGCCUUGUCUUCCAUGGAAACGGCCGAUCGAAGG